AUGGACGUGUUGGUCGCCUGCUGUGCCGUGGUGGGCUACGCGCUGGCCGGCCUGCUGGCCUUCUGCGCCUGGCUCUGGAUGAACCGCCCGCGCACCGACAUCCCGGGUCCGCAUCCGCUGCCGCUGCUCGGCAACGUCCUGCACUUCCGCAAGUUGCCUGUGCUGCUGGAGCACUUCCGAGAACUGCACCGCCGCUAUGGAGACGUAUUCAGGUUCUAUGCCGGUCCCAAACUUAUUGUUGUGGUGACAAGGCCAGAAGAUGCCAAGAGGCUUCUGGUAGGAGUCAAGAUGCGUGGCAGGGACGCUUACGCAGUUACUCCUCUGCUCCCUUUCACAGGAAACGGACUUAUCACCAGUAAAGGAAACAUCUGGAAGGAACACCGCAGACUCAUUGAGCCAACGUUCCACUCUGAGUUAAUGAAAGACUUCAUGCAACAAUUCAACGAGGGUGCAGAGUUCGUGUGCAAAAAUCUGGCAGCAGCGGCAGGCACUGAAUACGAUAUCACGAGGAUGCUCAUCCACGCUACACUGGCUGUUGUCACCGCUUCCAUUUUCGGCACUAAGAUGGAUGAAAUCGAGCCUGAUGUGAACAAGCAAGCUGAGGUUGCUGAUGUCUUUAUCGAAGCCUUAAAGCUAAUGCAGGCACGCUCGUUAGCCAUUGCGGGCACUGAGACAGCAGCAACCACACUGGGGAACGCACUCGUCCUGUUGGGUCUGCACCCCGAGUGGCAGGAGGCUGUGUGGAAGGAGGUGGACGAUGUCUUCAGGCGGGGAGGUGCCUAUCUGAGGACGAGCACCGAGAACGAUCUUUCCAAGUUCAGAAUAAUGGAUGCCGUUCUUAAGGAGACGCUGCGUCUGUAUCCUGCAAUACCAAAUCCGCCGGUGAGCACCGAGGAAGACAUUCAGCUGGAAGGAACUGGGUACGUGAUACCACGUGACAGCCUCGUGCUCGUGUCCCUCAUCCUGCUCCACCGCCGGCCGGACAACUUCCCCGAUCCUGACAAGUUCGAUCCGGGCCGCUUCCUCGAAGGGGGCAGCGCUCGCUCGCUACCACCCGGCAGCUACCUGCCGUUCGGCGCCGGCUCCCGCAAGUGCGUUGGCGGCCGCUAUGCCUUCCUGGAAAUGAAGACAGUGCUCGCGGCCGUCCUCCGUCGGUUCCGGGUAUUUCCCGGUUCCAGUAGGGAGGAGCUGGAACAGGUGGAGCUCUCCGUAAGUGGGUCGCCAGUCACUGGGUUCCGUAUCAUCUGCAUCCCCCGGAGCGACCAACCAGCGAAUUCUGUUCCACACGCUGUAAAUACAUGA